UUUGUAUUUAAGCUUGAAGAGAGCAGGUGCGUGCAGAAGCAGAUGAAACUAAUACAAAAGAAGCAGGCACAGAUCAUGAAGGAGAAAGUCCAUUUGCAGAGUGAACACAGCAAGGCUAUUCUAGCACGCAGCAAACUUGAAAGUCUCUGCCGAGAGCUGCAGCGUCACAACAAAACAUUAAAGGAAGAAAACCAGCAGCAAGCAAGAGAAUAUGAGGAAAAACGAAAAGAAGCGACUGCACAUUUUCAGAUGACUCUGAAUGAAAUCCAGUCCCAAAUGGAACAGCAUAAUAUUCACAAUGCUAAACUUCGUCAGGAAAAUAUUGAAUUGGGUGAGAAGCUGAAAAAACUCAUUGAACAGUACGCAUUGAGGGAAGAGCACAUUGACAAAGUGUUCAAGCAUAAAGAACUGCAACAGCAACUGGUUGAUGCCAAACUUCAGCAAACCACAGAUCUCAUGAAGGAGGCUGAAGACAAGCAUCAAAGGGAGAGAGAGUUUCUAUUAAAUGAAACUUCUGAAUCCAGGCACAGAUGUGAAUUAAUGAAACAGCAGGAAGUUCAGUUAAAACAACAGCUUUCUCUGUAUAUGGACAAGUUUGAGGAGUUCCAGACUACGAUGGCAAAAAGUAAUGAACUGUUUACAACAUUUAGACAAGAAAUGGAGAAGAUGACAAAAAAGAUAAAGAAACUAGAAAAGGAAACCACGGUGUGGCGGACGAAGUGGGAGAACAAUAACAAAGCUCUUCUGCAGAUGGCCGAAGAGAAGACUGUCCGAGAUAAGGAAUACAAAGGUCUACAUGUAAAACUGGAACGUUUAGAGAAGUUGUGUCGUGCUCUGCAGGUGGAGAGAAAUGAUUUGAAUAAGAAGGUUGAAGUCCUUCAGGGACAGUUGUCUGAUGGAGGAGGAGGUUUGUACCAGGCCAGUGAACAACUUCAGCCAUGCAGCAUAACGGAGGUUGUAGAGGAGACACAGAUUUCUUUGGACAAAGAACAAGGAAUCCAACCCAUUUCUGAAAUUGCUGUGAGCAAAGGAAGUGAAACUGAAGACGCAGCAUAUUCACUGUCUGUUCAGUGCAGUGAUUCUGUUGAUUAAAGUGUGUACACACUGGAGUUGUAUAUUUUCUGUACCAUUUGCUCUGUGCUUGGUAAUUAUUGGCAUCUUGGUGAAAAUUUCUUACUUUUUCUACCAUAUCUGUAUUUUCUUAGAGCUACUGGAUUGUUUGUUUCAGCAGCACUGAUUAGUCCAUUUUACAAAGUUUCCACAACUGUGUAUACAUUUGCCUCAAUUUUAUUGUAUUUUUCCAAACUACAUUUUCAUACUUCAGUUGAGAUUUGUGUGCAUAUUACAUUUAAGAGAGGAAACAAUCAUUUGACUGUGAUAAUGGUCUCACCUGUUUGGUGAAGCAGGACUAAUGUGCUUCCACUGGAUUAACUGGUAGUUCUUUUAUAAAAUUAUGCUUCCUGUUGAUCAAGAAAUUCUAGUAUGAAGUGUUUUAAUCAAGCAUAUAUUAAUUAUGUAACCAAUAUGAAUGGAAAUAGGUCUUAAAGAGAAUAGAGAUGACCAAGUCUUUUCAGGGCUAUGAGCCUGCAGCAGGGGUUAUGGUUUACUUUGCCAGAAUUUUGUCAUUGUCCCUUUAUUUGUAGCUGGUCAUGCAAGACAGUUGUCCUGAUCAACUUUUGUUGUACAUGUGAAUUUUUUUUGGGAUAGUAUCAUGGAGGGGAUAACACUGUGAAAUUACUAUAUGCUCAAUAGUUGCAAAACCUAGUCAUGUACACUGCCGUAUCCCAGAACAAAUAUCAUAAAGUAUAUAUCCUGCUAAAAUAUGUAGUUUUGCAUUCACAGUAGGGUACUCCAGGGGAAACUUUGAUGGUAUAAUGCUUUUCUUGCGUGAUUCAAGUGGUGGUGGUGGUCAAACAAAAAAUGGCCCAUUUUACGAUUGCAGUGAUUCAUUCCAGGGGACUUUAGAUGAGAGUAAUAGCUGUUAGGCCUUUUGCUUUUUUCACAGUAUCCUCCUCUUAAAAUCACAUUGCACACAUUUCUUGCAUAAUUCAGCACAUUGUCUGCAAGUUUGGGGAUUAGUUGUAUCCCUUUGAUAACAUUCCAUUGUGAACAUACAGUUGAGCACACAUAUUUGAAACACCAAAGUUUCUUUUCCAGAAGCAUGUUGUGAUCAUGUAGCAGUAGUUAUUAGAAGGAAAUUAACUUCAACUAAAAUAUGGACUGAUGAGUGCUUUUGGUUUGUCUGUAUGACAUGGUAAAAUGAGUGUUGUGGGAUUUAGAGUUCACUGGCAUGAUGUUGUCUUAGAUUGUUAAACAUCAAAGUCAUCUAUGCAUUUAUCAUUAAAAUUGCUUUGAUCUUUUUUUUGGGGAGGGGGGUACAGCAGCAUUCAAGCUUUGCCUUGUACACUUAUCCAUUUCUGUGGUACAUGGAACUCUGUUUUGAUUUAAAAUAUGGAAGUGGCAGUGAUGGGAUUGUGUGAAAAUAUUUAUCAUUACAAGUGCUCUAAGUCAACUUCAUGCUUCCUCUAUGAAACCAGACUAAGGCUGUCAAAUGCUUGUCAUGAAAAGUCAGUAGUAUGCCUACUGCUUUAUCCCACUUUUCUUUUUAAAAAAGGUUUGAAGGUUAACCAAGUACUGUGAUUAAUCUACUGGACAUAGUGACAAUAACCAAAGUAUAGUAUUAUAGUUCUGUCUGUUUUUGUAUGUGCAGGAUCAGAAUUAUGAAUGGUUAUAUUUUUCUUAUUUUGAUAGGUUAAUUCAGUUUACUACCAGAAAUGCGAAAAAAAAGUAGCUAGUAACUUGUGGUACAUGGAUUAUGUUUACUUAGCACUUUGAUUUGGGAUUUUUAAACAUUGUACUAUUUUUCAGAAGGCUGUAUUGCUUAGGUAAUGUGAAAAGUACUUGAAUGGUUAAGCAGCACUAACAAACCUUUAACAUUACCUUUUGUUUUUAUGCAUAAUAUUCACCGAUAAUACACUGCUGUGAGUCAAGUGUUCUCCUGUGGCCUAAUGGUGUUUGGAAGUUUUAUGUGAACAGACCUGGAGUCGUAUGUUGUGUGUUAGUGUUACCUGCGGAUAUUUUGGAGAAUUGUUUGUAACAGUAUUACUAAGUGGAAAGUCUGAGAGAAUAAUCAGUCAUUGACAUUGAGGCAGGUAAUAAAUAAGCUUUAUGAUGUAUGAAUAAGUUUAUUUUAGCUCACGUGUCGCAUUUAUAUUUAGGUUAAGUGAUUGAGCAGAUAGCUGUUUCCCCAUUUGCAUAGCCCCACUUCACCUCAAGACAUUUGUGGUAGUCUUCAUCUCUAGAACAUUAAUAUGCUGCAUCCACGAUCAUAAAUUUCUCUGUUUCUUAUAAAAUCAAAACUGUCUUUAUGGAGACUUUAUCUUAAUUGGAGCAAAUCAUUUUGACAAGUGUGUUUUGGGUCUAACUGAAGUGCAGAGCACUGCAGAUCCCGUCCAUUUCUCUGUUGUUUAUAUCCCCUUGUAUGAGCCAAUGCAGGUCCUUCUUGACAGCAUUCUGAUUUGUACAGGUGCACACACUUAGCCUUUAUGGGCAGAUGUUUUUUCAUAAAUUAACCACUCAAAAAUUAGCCCCUCAAGUUUUCCCUUUGAAUAGUGCUUUGAUCAGUACCCGCAUUCAGAUUCUUCAGUCAGUAAAUAAAUAACAUUACAUUUUGUUUGUUUUACACUGAUUGUUUUGGCAAUAUAUAUUUUAUUAGUUAUUGCAAUUUUUUAAUUGGUGUAAUGAUUUUCCCCUCAAGUCUUUUAGUAAAUGUAUUUGUGGUAUAUAAUUUGUACCUAAAAAUUUUCAAACUGCUUAUUCUACUUGGCUGUUGUAUUAUUAAUGACGUGCACAUUAAAAAAAUAUAUAUAAAAAAGA